AUGUAUGCACAAUGGGCGCGCGCGUCUCGCUCAGCGGCUCUCCGUCCUCCCACAGCUGCCCGCUUGCCGACGCGACCGGCGGCCGGCUCCUGUUUCCACUCCUCAGCGCCCGUUCAAGAGGCGGCCGGCGGCGCCAGCGACCCAAGCCCCAGUCCGAGCCCGAACGAUGAGUCGCCCAAUGGCAGCGACAAUCCCAAGAACGGCGAUGGAAGCAGUGGCAAUAAUGGCACGACGAGCCAGGAGAGCGGCAAGGAAGAGGAGGAUCUCUCUGGCGACAAGGGCAUGAGCAAUGGCGACGCCCGCGGUCGCGCAAGACGUACCAACGGUGGUCCAAAGUCUCGCACCACGAGAUUGAAGGUGCCAGAGGAGUUGCCACCAGUACAUCUACCUAAAGACUUUGCCAAGUUGCGAGUUGUAGGAAAGAAAUCGAAUCAAGCUUGGUCGAAGCAAACGUGGCGUUUCCCGGGGAAACAUUACCGACCGCUUCUGUCCACCAAGGUCCUACCUACAAAAGAUCUUGACAAGGAGGAUCUCGAGAGGCUGGCCGGCAUGUAUGCAGCGCAGACAAGCCCGAAGACCGGGUCUAUUAUGAACGAAACGACCCUUGACGAAGACGCCUUAGACCUUAGACUAAUCUACAACAAAGCUUCGAAGGGCCACAUCCCUGAUGCAAAUUUGCGGGAGCUCGACAGCGUCUGGACCGACAUGUUUGAGCUUACUGCUUGGACCUCGGAUGAGGUGGAAAAUCUUAAAAAUAAUUCGAGAUCGAAAAUUGACAGCCAUGCUGACCCAGAUUGGUUGGCUGAAGAGAUAGAAUUUGUAUCCUUGCGAGGAUCUGUAAUGCUUGUUGCAGCUUGCAAUUCUGCACUACUCUCAAUGGCAGAGCUAGAGUUACAAACGGCAGUGGACAGCCAUCAUCUCGAAGUUCCAUCGAGAGGGUUCAUAGACUUGAUUGAGAGUCAAGAUCCAGCAGAAAAGGCCAAGGCAUAUGAAGUAGCACAGUAUCAUGCACAAAGGGUGAAGCCCUAUAACCUGGCAUCCCCGGAUGAGAAAUGGCUGCUCAGAAAUGUUCUCGUUUCCAAACUGCCACAGCGGCCAUCUCUGGGUAUCGCUCACUACGAAACACUCUGUGAGGCCACUGCCUCUAUCCGAGCGGACCUGAACAUGGUUCCGCCCAAGCAUAUCCGGGCUGCUGACAUCAAGCGACCUAUCACCGUUCUCAACUUUGAGUACUAUUCUGGCUACUCAUGGCCCCGGAUGAUGAUGCGAGAUAUUGCCAUGGAAUUGGAUGCCAACAUGGUUACUAUUCAUGCUCCAGAUCUGGCUUAUGUUGCAGGCAAGUACCUCGGUCAAGAUCCAAUUUUGGCACCGGGACCUCUUUCGUUGCUUGGAUACAAAGCAGCAGAGAAUGCCGGCAGGGUACAACACCGAAAGGCUGAGCAGUCCGAUGAUGAGUCUCGCACUGAUAUCCCCUUCUCCAUUGUUAUGCACGCGGAGAAACCAAAGAAGGAAGGCAAGAAGAACAUCAUGGAUUACUUCCUCGGUGAGCCCAACCGGGCCAGCAAAACAGAUGAGAAGUGGAACGACCUCAAGGUUAAUGCUGUCUUGGAACAGUUUGUCCUUGCUGCUGAUACUCACCUUCCUGGUGGCGCCGAGGCUGCUCAGCAACGUCCUCUGGUUAUUCAUGUACACGAUUUCAACGCAUUGAACAUGGACGACGAGUGUGGCUCAGUUGUCAUGGGCAAGCUGCGGACGAUUGUGGAUGACUUGUGGGCAGCAGGAAGAAAGGUGGUCAUUGUUGGCACUUGCUCCAGCUCUGGUGUUCCCUCGGCCUACAAGUCAGCCAUGAAGGAGCUGCGCACGACGGAGAGGGUGAUUGAUUUCCGUCCGCCAUCAACUGAAGCCCCAGAAUCGGAAAUGAACGCUACCGCUGCAGCCAUAAGUCAUCACUCUAUAUCAGACGAUAUCAAUACUGCACUCAAAGGGGUCACGCGAAGGGAACACCUUACCGAGAACAGCAGGAAUAUUUACUUGAUGAUGCAGAACCUGGUUUCAGAUGUUGACUCGGAGCAUCUCUUCACGCCCGAGUUCGAACUCAAGGGCAUGAAUCCGGAUCAUUACCCUUCAUUCCUCUCCAAAAAGCUCCUACCUGUAUCUGAAGUUUACCGCAUUGUAAAGAUUAUGCAUGGGCUUCGGACGACUCACCCUGAUCAAUCCAUGCAAACCGUCUUCGAGGAUGCGAUGCGGCUCGUUAAGCACAUUGACGACGCUCAGAGCCACCAUGAUGCGCCAGAGAAGGCUGAACUGGAAACCAAGAGCAACACCAUGAACGAUCCCGGUCGGUCUGCAACAGAUUACGAAAAGAGGUUCAUGUCGGCCAUAGUGGAUCCCAAGAAUCUGCGAACUACUUUCAACGAUAUACAUGCCCCAGCCGAGACUAUUGAUUCCAUCAAGAUGCUCACGCAAUUGUCGCUUCUGCGACCGGAAGCAUUUGCCUAUGGUGUUCUGGCUACAGACAGGAUUCCUGGCUGUCUGCUCUAUGGUCCGCCUGGCACGGGCAAGACUCUUCUUGCAAAGGCUGUGGCCAAGGAAAGCGGUGCCAACAUGAUUGAAGUUUCUGGCGCGAGCAUCAAUCAAAUGUACGUGGGUGAGAGUGAGAAGAAUAUCAGGGCACUCUUUAGCAUGGCCAAGAAGAAGGAACCUCUAGUCAUCUUUAUUGACGAAGCAGACGCCUUGUUGGGCGCCCGCGGAGGUCGCAAUGACGCGGCUGGACGGAGAGACGUCAUCAACCAGUUCCUGCGCGAGUGGGACGGCAUGGAAGCGUCAAAGGCCUUCAUCAUGGUGGCCACGAACCGCCCGUUUGACCUCGACGAAGCCGUGCUGCGGCGUCUCCCGAGAAAACUGCUGGUGGAUCUUCCCCUCGAGGGAGACCGCGCGGCCAUUUUGAAAAUCCACCUCAAGAUGGAGAAGCUUGACGAUACCGUCUCCAUUGAGCAGAUUGCCAAGCGCACCCCGCUGUACUCUGGUUCCGAUCUCAAGAACGUCUGUGUAGCCGCCGCCAUGGCCGCCGUCAAGGAGGAGCUCGAGGCAUCGGAAAAGCACAGCGGCCCGGACCCCUAUGUCUGGCCGGAAAAGCGUGUACUCAACAACCGCCACUUUGAAAAGGCUCUCGCCGAGAUCCCGGCCAGCGUCAGCGAAGACAUGGCGACGCUCAGCGCCAUUAAAAAGUUCGACGAGCGCUACGGAGAAAAGAAGACGAGGCGCAAGCGCCGGGGCAUGGGAUUCGAGGUGGUCCCCGAGUCUACAGAUUCCCACGAGGCUAGAGUUAGGAGUGCCGACAAGUAG